CCCUCGGGGAAGCCGAUCUCAAUGGUGGGGCUGGGGCAAUGGCGAUUUAGGCGGACAUGAAGCGGCGCACUUUUUUCUUUUUUGUUCCUGUAUGCCUUCAAUUAUGUGUCUACUGAUCAGCGUUGAUAUCAGAACAGACGUCAUUAAAAAAGAACUUUGUUGUUGCCUGAAAGAAAUAUUUCGUUAAAAUCUACAUGAAGUGUAGGGAAAUUGACAGUUUGAGUAGCACGCAUUUCAACAAAAGGCCAACGUUUGUCCACCUUCAACCGUUUAGGUUCAGACGAAUGUACCGAAUUCACAAACUAGAAGCUAGAAUACUACAAGUUAUGUCCUGUACGGAGUAGAAAUACGUAUUCAUGUAAUCUCAGGUCGGCUACUUCCCCCCUAGCCGUCGUGCCGCCAUGUUCAUCUGUAGCGGGAAGGGUACCGCGUACCGCCAUGUUCUUUGUAUCGCUUAGGAAAUGUUCAUGCGGAAAAGGUGUGCCUCGGAAUGGUCACAAAUGUUGUACUUCGAUGUGGCAUUUCAUAAGCUUGGCAAUGGAUCGUUGUAAAGUAAUAGGAAAGUGCGACAUGGAUCGUAAUCGGUGCGGUUAGUCGUGUUGGGCAACGCCUUCGAAUGGGAUCGAAUGUUUUUAUGGUUCAAACCCGUUCAAACUGCACUGCAACGUCGUGUACCCUCAUUUACCUAAUUGGGUAUCCUAAGAAACACGUAAUUUGUGUUCUUGUGUAACCUCACAGCGGUCAGCAUGAUCUUGUUAAGCAACUAACAAUUUCGAAUUAAUGAUAUUCCUCUCCUUUUCUGUUCGCCUGCAAGUGGUUUACGCUGUCUUCAAAGAGCGUUCUAAUUCGCUGCACAUUGGUAAAGCGUACACAUGCGAAGAACUUCGCAUUUGCGUAAUCUCCAAAAUCCACUGCAAAAUCUGAAUCCUCAGUGUUCCGUGGCUCUGAACCCCUGUGUUCAAAACACAACGUAUUAAAACUUUUAAACUUUGGAUUUGAAAGCGCAUCUUUUGUUUGAGAUGCACCUGCCAGCCCAGCUGCACGAUGAGGUGAAAGAAUACAUUACGUUCCCCCGCUUGAAAACUGAUGCCCAAACCCAGAUUUGGCCCAGUCACACACGUCAGGAAAUUGCUUGGGUCUGGGAAGCUGCACAAGAGGCCUGCUGUGUCCGAAGUUCUCACAAACCACCUCAGGCAGCGACGAAAACCGCCAUGGACGUCGUUCUUUGUAAAAUAUUCUUCAGUGACGAACGACCAGUUUGGGUUGUCCCACUUCAACUGGGUGGUGGAUGAUGCAAACUACCACAUUCUCCGAACGGGAUGCUACCCUUACAUGAAGUACCACUGUUCACAGAGGCCCCAUCAAGACCUUUCAUUUGAGGAUGCAUUCUUUCGUGUUCUCAAGGUCAUGAACUUGGGACUUCCUACCCUGGCAUAUGGACUGUGUUCUGUUUCAAUGAUUAAGCACCGAGAAAUUGUUCGCACGGAACAAGGUCCCGUUACACUGUACUUUCUCCUGAAGGAAGAUGAGGGUGCCAUGUACUGACGCCCUGAUAUUUGCCAGUGUCCGCGUUUUAGAAAUAGAAUUAUAGGAAAAUAAAUUAUUUACGACCGA